CUCUCGAGCUCACUCUAUCAGCGUGUGUUUGAGGGGUCGGGCGGCUGGUGAGGGAUAGUCGCCGGGCGGUUUGCACAUUUUCAGUCGCGAUUUGAGAAAGACCGCCGGAAACUACACCGGAGGCAGAAGAAACCACCCCCGGUGACGACUUCUGUGUUAUCGUUCACUACAGCGUCUGCGCCACACGUCCAGCCAACAUAACGCAGCCCGGCUACCAGACACUAGCCGGCUAGCUUUCAUCCCUGAAAACUGACGGCGUCUGGCUUCUGGUAGCUAGCCUCCCAGCUAAUUAUCCAGCCGCUAACAUCAGCCAGCCUGCUCCUCGCGCGAGUCGACACCAGAGCAGCGGCUCGCGGUGGUUCCUUCCAGCUUCGCGAGCUCCGAAUCCCACAUUUGGACAAGAACGGAUAACGGUACCCCCCACCACCACCACCACCAUCACCACACACACCCCACCCCCUUCCUAAACUAACUGGCUGCCGGAGACAGCAUCUGCGUUGCUUUGCUUGUUGUGACACCCAUCACACCCAUCUCCCCCAACCCCUUCACCUCUGCCCCCCCCUUCCUCCACCUUUUUUUUUUUUUUACCUCCAUCCCUCCUCCACCCGAAACACUGGAAAUCCAGAAGCUGCCGGAGAGCGGCGAAGGGCCGGCGGCGAAGCUGGGAACGGCUCCGGACUCGCAGGGAGUCGCAACGGUUACGGACGCCAAGCACAGCCGUGGGGAUCUCCCGAGAAGCAUGGACGGGCUGGCCGUGGAGGUCCGCGGCUCCAACGGGGCCUUUUACAAGGGUUUUAUCAAAGAUGUCCAUGAAGACUCCCUCACCAUCGUAUUUGAAAACAACUGGCAGCCUGAACGACAGUUGCCUUUCAGCGACGUGCGGCUGCCUCCGCCCGCCGACUUCCACAAGGACAUUGGUGAAGGCGAGGAGGUGGAGGUCUACUCCAGGGCCAACGAACAGGAGCCAUGUGGGUGGUGGCUGGCGCGGGUCAGAAUGAUGAAGGGCGAGUUCUACGUCAUUGAAUAUGCAGCCUGUGACGCCACGUACAACGAGAUCGUCACGUCAGAGCGCAUCAGGCCUCUCAACCCCAACAGCCCCGCCUCUAGAAACACCUUCCACAAGGUCACCAUCCCCGUCCCAGAAGACCUGAGGGACAUAUGUGCAACUGAUGGAAUCCACAAGGACUUCAGAAAAGCUAUCGGCGCCAACUGUAUCUUCUACUGCGCUCAAACACAUGAGCUCAUUGUCCUGUCUACAAAUGAGACGACCGUAAAGCGUGCAACACUCCUGAGCGACAUGCAUUUCCGCAGCAUCCGGACCAAGCUCAUCCUAAUGUCCCGCAAUGAAGAAGCCACCAAACAUCUGGAGACCAGUAAGCAGCUAGCGGCAGCGUACCAGGAAGAGGUCCGAGUCAGAGAGGACCUGAUGGGCCUCGCCAUCGGCUCCCACGGCGCCAACAUCCAGCAAGCCAGGAAGGUGCCGGGCGUGACGGCCAUCGAGCUGGAGGAGGAAAGUUGUACGUUCAGGAUCUACGGAGAGACCCCCGAGGCUGUGAAGCAAGCACGAGAAUAUCUCGAGUUCAAAGAAGACUACUUUCAGGUUCCCAGGAACCUUGUAGGCAAAGUCAUCGGCAAGAACGGCAAAGUCAUCCAGGAGAUAGUCGACAAGUCAGGUGUGGUCCGUGUGCGGAUUGAGGGAGACAACGACAAAAAGCUCCCCCGGGAGGAGGUAGGCAGGCAGGGGGCUGGCAGAGACGACACUGCCAGCAGCAAAGAGGUGAAUGCACCGUUCGGCUCGUCCCUCACACCACCUGUAGCCUCCCGCUCGUUUCUUUGCUUUCCAAAACACCAAGCUUGUGAGCCACAGCAGGGCAUGGUUCCCUUUGUGUUUGUUGGAACGAAGGAAAACAUCAGCAACGCUCAAGCCUUGUUGGAGUACCAUGUGUCCUAUCUGCAGGAGGUGGAGCAGCUGCGCCUCGAGCGUCUCCAAAUAGACGAGCAGCUCCGUCAGAUCGGGGUCGGGUACCGUGCUCCUCCCAGCCGGCCCGGAGGACCCGGGCCCGAGCGGGAGAAAGGCUACGCCACGGACGAGAGCAGCAACUCGCUCCAUGCGUCCCGUACGUAUGGUGGGCGCGGCAGGGGACGACGGCCCUCCAACAACCAGUACUCCGGAUACGGCACAAACUCCGAACUGUCAAAUGCUUCUGAGUCAGAGGAUGCUAAUGACCGGGACCUGAGGCCCCGUGGCAUCGGUGGAGACGAGAGAGGCGCCCGACGGGGUGGCAGGGGCCGAGGGGCCACCUCAGGACGAGGCCGCGGGGGGCCCGCAGCCAAGCCUUCCAACUCUAUUAGCUCAGUCCUGAGGGAUCCAGACAGUAACCCAUACUCUCUGCUGGAGGGAGAGGGGGAGCUCGCAGACGCAGACCUCACCGAGGGCCUCGGAGGGGACCGGCAUAGGCGAUCGCGCCGGCGCCGCAACGAUCAAGAACCCAGCGUGAUGGAUGCCGCUGCGGAGUCCGAUAACCAGGCUGGCCCCAGUGAGAAUGGACUAGACGAAGAAGCUCGGCCUCAGCGCCGGAACCGAAGCCGCCGCCGCCGGAACCGUGGCAGCCGCCCAGAGGGAGGCUCAGCCAGCCGUGACAGACAGCCGGGGGAAAGUGUGACCGUAGCUGACUACAUAUCCCGUCCUGAGUCCCAGAGCCGACAGAAUGUGCCCCAGAAGGAGAACCACUCUGGACCUGAACCCAAGGAGAACGGAACCAGCGCAAAGAAGGAAGAGCGAACGCCUUCGAAGCGUUCUCCAAGCAAAGAGACGCCGACUUUGGUCAACGGGGUCUCAUAAGGAGACGAGCCCCACCCUUCGCGAACCCAAGUCUCAAAGCAAGACUCCAUGGCAAACUGUGUCCCUGCUUGCAUUAACUUAAACCUUAAAGAGAUGAAAAGUACCUGACAAAAUACCUGAGUUCAUUCUAGGAGAUGGAAAAAGUAAAAAAAAAAAAAAAAAACACACAAAAAAACGACAAACGCAUCUACUUAAAACCACACGUUAACGGUGUAUGCUAUCCUAUCUAUCAGUACUUAGUGCUUAUUUAAAAACACAACUAGCUUGCCAAAAAAGAGCUGGUGCAUAUGACAUGAUUUCUAAAGAUACUGAAAAACACAAGAAACAGGACAAGACUUUUUUUUUUUUUUGUUUGUUUUUUUUAAACGGUUGUCUUUCUUUGUGUCCUUUUUGUUUAAUGUUAAUUCUGUUCAUUGUUUAUCACUGGUUUGGACUGGGCCGUUGCUCUCUCCACCAAAACGGACGUGUCUCGGCGGUAAAAGAACAGACGAGAGAUGUGAACCGCAGGCGUGCGAGCAGACAGCCCUGUAGUUCACGGGAGGCGGUGUUCACACAGAGCAAAGAUGGACACAUCGGAAUAUUGAUAGACAUUGUGCCUUCAAUUUGAAAAAAAAAAAAAAAGAGAGAGAGAGAAAUAAUAAAAACUUCAGUUUUUUUUUUCCAUAAGUUUGGUUUUGUUUAAUGAGAAGUAGUAAAGAGAGGGGGGUGUUAUUCUUCUAGUUUAAAUUUUUCUUUUCUUUCAAAAAUAAAAAAUGAAAAAUUGGUUUGACGGAUGGAACAGACCUGUGAGGAAGUGAUGAGGAUCAAGAACCAGAGAAUGCCUGAGCGGUGCAAGGAAAACCAAGUCUGGUGCCAAAUCCAAAAUCCACCGGCGCUCGUCCUCAUUCCGUGUAGAGUGGACGGCAUUGGGGGGCAGAGUGUGCAGAUCGGUUCAGCCGCACGAGUUCAAAGAUUUGGCAACUAUAAAACAAAACCCAGAGGGGUGAAUGUUAAAAAAACAAAAGCAAAGUGAUGGCUAACUUUCCAGAGGGAUGACGGCACGACAGAUGCCGCUUCCUCCUCUUGCCUAUUGAUCUUUUUGAGGGUCCAGGGCUGAGUCCAGACAGGCACACUUGAACUGUAGAUUUAAACUUACAAAGAAACUACACAGUGCCUCUUUCUCUGUGUCAGAGGCGGCGGCUGCAUUUUCCCGCUUCCAGCCACGCUGGUGAUAAACCACUGCAGCGGGCAGCUCCAGAAGCACGGGACGGCGACUGCUUUCCGUGCCACGGGUGCUUAAAAGGAGGGGAGGGAGGGAAGGGGGGGGGGGGCAAGAGACUGCAGACUUCGGGACUGGGGACAGCUUCAAACAGAACGAGAGCAUCAUGACACAGGGUUACACAUACACACACGGAGCACCAAGGGUCCAUGCGGUCUGAAACAAGCUGGGUGUCUGUCCCGUACCGGGCAGUUUGGGUUGACGAGACUGGAAACCUCAGUGGCUCUCUGCUCAUGUUGUUACUGUUGUCUUGGUCACGGCUCUCGGUUCUUUUCUUUUUUUCUUUUUUUUUUUUUUUUUUGUUGCUAUUUCCACAUCUUUAGAGAAAAGAAAAAAAAAAAGAAAAAUCUGAAAUAAAACAUUGAAGUGAAAUCAACCUCUCCUGUGGAAACGAGCUCUGAUUUCUUUUGUCUUGUGCGUUUGCAGUCUAUUUUUCUACCUUGCAUGGCGUUUAGUUACUGAGUGGUGCCUGUCCGGUGCAUGAGGAGAGGGUGUUAUUAAUGGGAUUGUCCAAAGCCAUUGUUUAACUCGCUAGAAUUGCUGCUAAUCUUAUCCACUGAAUGUCCAACUAAUGUAGAAACUCUGCCUUGAAGAGAGAACUUUAUUUGUGACUGAACCCCCCCAUCCCCCCCCCCCCUCCCUCCACCCCCCGGCUCAUCACCUUUGAUCGUCUUUCUCACUAGAUGCUACUCGAGGACUCCCUACGUUCAGUCUCACCAAGUAUUAAAAUCCAAGGGCGACAUUGUGCAUGUCAAGCAAGCAUCCAUGUGACCAAAGGGUUUUGGGGGAAACAGACGAUAGGGAGUGCAGUUGUUCCAAAUGACCCCCCCCCCCACCUCCUGCCCCAAUCCCCCUGCUGCUGUUGUAGAUUCUGCCCUACUUGUACAUUGUGUUUUUAGAGAAUGAACGAGCAUCAAGUGUUUGGACCCCGGUUCAGUUGCAUGUGUGAGUGGACGUUUAUUUGCCUUUUUACCUCAUUCCGUUGACUGCUGUAUUCUCUGAUGUACCUGUAAUCCUCAUGUUGAAAGACUGCCUGCUUUACGUUGGCGUGUGUGUGUGUGUGUGUGUGUGUGGAUGGAUACUAGUUGUAUCGUUGGCUCCUCACUGUCGGAUUUUGUCUCUGGUUUUUCUCACUCAUGUUCUGAUGGCAAUAAAGGACUUUUCAUUGUUUGGUA